CUGUCUUUGCUUCACGGCUUUGCACAGGAAAUCUAUUGCUGUGUCAAGUCCCAGAGACGUUUCUUCCAAAUUAACUAGUCAGACUAAAGCACGCCGAGUGGAAGGAGUGGGCAGGGAGGACAGGACUGCUCCCUGCUGCCCAUGGGUUAAGAGGUGCGCUACCACGCAGAAGCCAGCCCGAGAGCAGAGGGACUCUGGUCACGGUCACUGCUGCUCCCCUACCUGUGAGCAGAAAAAAUACUGAGUGAACAGCGGAAAACCAGAAAACCGAAAUGUUCUGCUUUGGGAGAACUUUGCCCCUAGCAGUGCUCUUGAUAUGGGGGGCCUUUGCAGCUGAACUCAAGGAAGGAAUGGAAAGAGGAAAGGGCUCUCAUCCUUCUCCUACCCUGCUCUGCUUCUUUUCUGCUGUUCAGUCACAAGAGUCAAAUUGUACUGAUAAGAAUCAAAAAACACAGAACAGUUCAUCAAUUAUGACAGAAGUUAACACUACUGUACAGAUGGGUACAAAGGCUCUCCUCUGCUGCCCUUCUAUUCCACUGACAGAAGCAGUAUUAAUAACAUGGACAAUAACCCCCAGAGGACAGUCUUUCUGCGUAAUAUCCUACAGAGUAGAUACAAGGGACAUCAAUGAAACCAACUGCUCGAACAGGAGCAUCACCUGGGUCUUCACACCUGACCUUAGUCCCUACCUUCAGAUCAGUGCAGUGUCCCUCCAGCAUGAGGGGCAUUACUCCUGUGACAUAGCACUACCUGAUGGGAAUUUCCAAAAAGAUUAUGACCUCCAAGUGCUGGUGCCUCCUGAAGUAACCAACUUUCCAGGGAAAAAUAGAACUGCAGUUUGUGAGGCAAUUGCAGGCAAGCCUGCGGCACAGAUCUCUUGGACUCCAGAUGGGGAUUGUGUCACUAAGAAUGAAUCACACAGCAAUGGCACCGUGACUGUCAGGAGCACAUGCCACUGGGAGCAGAACAAUGUGUCUACUGUGUCCUGCUGGGUUUAUCAUUCGACUGGUAACAAGACUCUGGUCAUAGAACUGAGUAGAGGUGGUGCCCAAUUACUAGGAUCAUAUAUUCUGUACACCAUCCCAUCUAUUAUUAUUUUGAUCAUCAUAGGAUGCAUUUGUCUUUUGAAAAUCAGUGGCUUCAGAAAAUGUAAAUUGCCAAAAUCUGAAGCUACCCCAGCUGCUGAGGAGGAUGAAAUGCAGCCUUAUGCUAGCUACACAGAGAAGAGCAACCCUCUCUAUGAUACUGUGACCAAGGUGGAGGCGUGCCCAGGGUCACAAGGCGAAGUCAAUGGCACAGACUGGCUUACUCUGCCAGCCACUGGAGUCUAGAACCAAGAAAAAGAAGUCAAAAGACAUUGUAAUGACUGCUUUGCUUUCUUUAAAAUUCUACAAUGGAAGGACUACUUGGAAACUAGCUCUUCCAAAGUUUGUCGGAAGCACAAAUGUUCUAAUGGAUUUGCAUUUAAGUUCUUCUGUCAUUGGAAGUUUGGAAUCUUUGCUGCUGCCUGUUAAUUCUAGGAAGAACUGAUUUAAUUAUUACAAAUAAUUACAAAAAAUAUCAAAGUGUGCAAUUCAGUAUGAUGAAAACUGAGUUUCUUCAAGAAAUAACUGCAGAAGGAGCAAUCAUCACUAAAGAAUUUCAUGUAAAUUCUUCAAAAAAAAAUUCCUGUGUAUACGACAUGACUUUGGUAUGUGUGUGCAAUUAUAUGUUUAUUUACAAAUGUGUAUAUAUGCACACAUCUGCUUUUUAAGACAUCUCCUUGUCAAAAACACACUGGAGUUCUGGAUUUAUAAGUCUAAUAAAGUGAGUACUGGAGAUAUUUUUAUAUCAGCAUAAGUAAAACUACCUCAUUCUUUUUAAUGGCUACAUAAAAUUCCCCUGUAUUUUUACAUUGUAAUUUAAUUAAUCAUGUCUCUUGGAUGGCCAUUUAGAUUUUGUGUUGUGUGUGGUAUUAAACAAUACUAUGUGGAAUGUUUCUUGUGGUGAAUCUCUGCAUUAAGUGCACUUCCAUUUUUCAUUUUUAAUUAAUCAGUUGGGUGAUAUGUCUUAAGGUUAUGAUAUUGCCUCGAUUAUUUAAUGCUGUAAUGACAGUAUUUUCAACUCCUUGUAUUGCUACAAAAGUGCUGACAUCUUAUGCACAGCAAUUUUACAGAUGUUAUGAAUUGUGUAUUUUAACAUUCUAUUCUAAUGUAAUUAUCGAGGAGCAACUAUCUUUGAAAUAUGUAUGUAGGUGGGAGAAGUUGUAGUACUUUACAUGCUAAAAGGAUAUUAAUGGGAUGAUACAGCUUUUCCUUCCAUUUUUCUUUGGAGGGAAAUAUUGGGAAUACAUAUAUUGAUAAUUUUUGGCAUAUAUUUUUAAUCGCUAAAAAUAAGCCUGUUCCCUUUAUAUCAGGAAAAAAAUUAAAAAUGGAUUUUUGUCUUAUUUUGUUUGCUUUGUUAUUUUGAAAUGAGGCCUUGAUAAUUUCUCAGGUAGUUCCCCAACUCACUGUAGAGCCCAGGCUGGCCUUCCAAUGGCUGUGAUUACAAAUGUAUGGAAGCAUACUCCCCCCCCCCCAAAAAGUAUUUUCAUUAUGAUGUAAUGAUAGAAAUUAAAACAAGACCCAUUCACUCUU